AUCGUAGAAUAAGUCUGUAAUUCACCAACCUUUGGAUUGCAAGAUGGCCAAGAAAUAGGGAUAGAGCUUGAGUUUACAAUAUUCUAGAAGGAAAAUUUUAUACAAUUUGGUCAGAAAGUGGGUAUUUCAUUUGCCCAUUAGGCUAUAUAUUCAUCACUUAAUAUGUAACAAGUGCCAUUUCAUGUCUGGGGAGGUAGCAGUGAAGGAGACUUAACAAGUCUCUGUUGUCAUGUGGCUUACUUUCUAGUAGGGGGAGGCAGACAACAAAUACCCAAGAAAAUAUCAGGUAGCAUUUAAGUCAGAGACCUGAAUGGUGAGAAUAGCAAGUACAAAGGCCCUAAGGAAGGUAAGAGCUCAGCCUUUUGAAGCAAUGAAGUGUGGCUGGCGCUCAGUGAGAAAGGAGAUGAGGAGAAGAAAAGAAUAGGUAGGGGCAAGGUUCAGGAUAUUGGGUUUUAUUCCAAGUGCAAUUAUUCAUAUGAAACUUGUCAUUCCCACUAGAUUACAAGUUUCAAGAGGGCAGAGACUCUCUCUUACUCACUCAAUACAUAGUUUGCAUUCCAGGGCAUCUACUAGCUGCCUUUUCUUUUUCUUUGAGCCUGGUCUUCUUCUGGCCCUUCUAUAGUAUGGUGAGCCAGCCUCCAAGAUGACUUCCAAUGACCCUUGCCUCCUUUUGUAAUCCCCUUUCACAUUGAUUCAGGGUUGGACCUUUGUGGCCAGUAAAAGAGGGUAGAAUUGAUAGUGUAUGAUGUUCAAGGCUAGGUUAUAAAAGUCAUUCCAGCACCCAUCUUGGUCUCUUGGAUUUUGUUUUUUUUUUGGAGACGGAGUCUCGCUCUGUUGCCCAGGCUGGAGUGCAGUGGUGCGAUCUCAGCUCACUGAAAGCUCCGCCUCCCGGGUUCACGCCAUUCUCCUGCCUCAGCCUUUCCAAGUAGCUGGGACUACAGGCGCCCGCCACCACACCCGGCUAAUUUUUUGUAUUUUUAGUAAAGACGGGGUUUCACUGUGGUCUCGAUCUCCUGACCUCGUGAUCCACCCGCCUCGGCCUCCCAAAGUGCUGGGAUUACAAGCAUGAGCCACCGCGCCCAGCCGGUCUCUUGGAUUUCUUGCUCUGGGGGAGGCCAGCUGCCAUGGGAACACUCAAGCAGCAAUGUGGAGGGGCCCACAUGGAGAGGAACUGAAUCCCUGGACAACAGCCAGCAACCAAUUUGCCAUUCAUAUGUAUGAGCCACCUUGAAAGUGGAUCCUCCUAUCCUAGUAAAGCCUUCAGAUGAUUGUAGCCUCAGCUGACACAUUAUUACAAGCGUAUGACAGACCUUGAGCCAGAACUGCCCAGCGGAGACCUCCUUAAAUUCCUAACCAGAGGAAACCAUGAGAGACAGUAAAUCAUUAUUAUUUUAGGCCAUUAAAUUUUGGGUGAUUUGUUACACAUCCUUAACAACCCAGAACACAUAGUAUAAGGUCAUGUAUGAAGUAAUGGGAUGAAAGCAUGACUAUGAGAAACUGCUUAAAGGGGAUCCUUUUCAUGUGGGACAGAAGAUCAGAGAACUCCUAAGACAAGGGGCGGGCUCACAUCAUUCCUUGGGGACAUCUAAGAGUCAGGUCUGAAUGAAAGAUCAUUGGUGAGGUCACUUAAAAAUAAAUGUGGCCCUUUCCCCUGGCUGGCAGCGCAGAAGCCGCAGGAUGCCUGUAGUUACUGUAAAAGACGUGGACCAGCAGGAGUUCGUCAGAGCUCUGGCAGCCUUUCUCAAAAAGUCCGGGCAGCUGAAAGUCCCCAAAUGCGUGGCCAAGCAUAAAGAGCUUGCUCCCUGUGAUGAGAACUGGUUCUACACACGAGCUGCUUCCACAGCGUGGCACCUGUACCUCCGGGGUGGCGCUGGGGUUGGCUCCAUGACCAAGAUUGAUGGGGGACAUCAAAGAAAUGGCGUCAUGCCCAGCCACUUCAGUCGAGGCUCCAAGAGUGUGGCCCGCCGGGUCCUCCAAGCCCUAGAGGGGCUGAAAAUGGUGGAAAAGGGCCAAGAUAGGGGCCACAAACUGACACCUCAGGGACAGAGAGAUGUGGACAGAAUCACCGGAGAGGUGGCAGCUGACAACAAGAAGCAUUAGAACAAACCAUGCUAGGUUAAUAAAUUGCCUCGUUCGUAAAAAUAAAUAAAAAUAAAUAAAUAAAUGUGGAGGGCAGAAUUUAUCCAUUAUUAUCUCUUGUGAAGGAGACAAAAGCCAGGCGAUUCAAAAUAUAUUUAUAAGAAACUAGAACCUGUGUAACUUCCCUAGGUUUGUUGUUUUUGUUACCCUGGUCUAGUUAUCCAGGGUGAAAAGCUCUUGAAUAUUUGUCUGGGGUAACAAAGAGAAGGGAAGAGGGUUUGGGAGAGAGGAAUUGCCCCACUUCAAAUCUGCCUCAGAGGGUAGCUACCGGAAGAGGAAAGCAGGCCUUGGGCCUUGCUGAGGGAAUCAAGUUGAAGACAGAGAGCCUGACUGGUCCUGAGACAGGCCCCAGGGCUAAGAGUUGAAAGGCCACUGCACAGUGUGUUGAAUAAAGUGAGCCGGGUUCAGUCUUUUCCUGGGGCAUAGGCAUAUCCGCAGCCUUCCAAAUCUGUCUUCUACGGGAGAAUCUUCCCCUUGUCAGAGCUGGUACCUCACAGGUGAAAAUGUGAAGUAAUCUCCAACAGCUCUGGGAGGUGAAUGCCCAGCAAAGUAUUUAUCCUCAAACAACCCCCUCCUGGCACAUUUGUCUGGCUAUGUAUUUGUGUAAUUAAUUGAUGUUGUUCAGUUAAGAUCUAUUAAAUUCUUGUCUGAAAAUAAAUGUUAUC